UUUUUGGGUCAGAGAAAUUAACCCCUUACACGGUUCAUUACACACUGAAAAUAUUAGAUUUCAAACAGAGGAGAGGAGAGGAAGAGGAAGAGGAAGAGGAAGAGGAAGAAGAGAGGAUACAGUACUCUCUGAGAUUAUCUAUUAUGGUGGGGGUUCUAAAUGCUUUGAGCGCUGGUACCAUAAUUUGGAAUUAAACUUGCCAAACAUGAUCUGUUGCUUCUGAGUUAACGAUGAAGCGUUAUGUUUACAUCAAUGAUGACGAACUUUCACCAGAUCUUUACUGUGACAAUCGCAUAUCGAAUAGAAAAUAUACAUUGCUGAACUUCCUCCCAAAAAAUUUAUGGGAACAGUUCAGCCGGUUCAUGAACCAGUACUUUUUGUUGAUAGCUUGCCUUCAGCUAUGGCCACUUAUUACUCCCGUAAAUCCUGCAAGUACGUGGGGCCCACUCAUUUUUAUAUUUGCAGUCUCAGCAUCAAAAGAGGCAUGGGAUGAUUACAAUAGAUAUCUCUCGGACAAGAAAGCAAAUGAGAAAGAAGUUUGGAUUGUAAGGCAGGGCAUCAAAAAACAUAUUCAAGCUCAGGACAUUCGUGUGGGUAACAUUGUGUGGCUUCGUGAGAAUGAAGAAGCCCCAUGCGAUCUUGUUCUAAUUGGUACCUCUGAACCACAGGGUCUUUGCUAUAUAGAGACCUCUGCCUUAGAUGGUGAAACUGAUCUCAAGACAAGGGUGAUACCCUCUGCUUGCAUGGGAAUAGAUUUUGAACUGUUGCACAAAAUCAAAGGUGUUAUUGAGUGCCCCAACCCAGAUAAAGACAUCAGAAGAUUCGAUGCAAAUUUGCGGUUGUUUCCUCCAUUUAUUGAUAAUGACAUGUGUCCUUUAACAAUAAAGAACACUAUUCUUCAGUCGUGCUACUUGCGGAAUACAGAGUGGGCUUGUGGAGUUGCUGUCUACACAGGCAAUGAAACAAAGCUCGGUAUGAGUAGGGGUAUACCUGAACCAAAGCUUACAGCUGUUGAUGCCAUGAUUGACAAGUUGACUGGAGCAAUAUUUGUUUUUCAGAUAGUAGUUGUUAUUGUUCUAGGCAUAGCUGGGAAUGUCUGGAAGGAUACAGAAGCAAGAAAGCAAUGGUACGUCCGAUAUCCAAAUGAAGGUCCAUGGUAUGAACUAUUGGUCAUCCCUCUACGAUUUGAGCUUCUUUGUUCCAUCAUGAUACCCAUAUCUAUAAAGGUAUCUUUAGAUCUUGUGAAGAGCUUGUAUGCAAAGUUUAUUGAUUGGGACAAUGAGAUGAUUGACCUAGAAACUGGCACUCCGUCCCAUGCAGCUAACACAGCAAUUAGUGAGGACUUGGGACAAGUUGAGUACAUAUUGACUGACAAAACUGGAACCCUCACUGAGAAUAGAAUGAUCUUCAAAAGAUGCUGUAUCAGUGGAAUUUUUUAUGGAAAUGAGAGUGGCGAUGCACGUAAAGAUGUGGAGCUGUUCAAUGCUGUUUCCAGUGGCUCUUCCGAUGUUAUUCGAUUUCUUACAGUUAUGGCGAUAUGUAAUACAGUCGUACCUAUGCAAAGCAAAAGUGGAGCGAUCUCAUAUAAGGCACAAUCUCAAGAUGAAGAAGCUCUUGUUCAUGCUGCUGCCCACUUUCAUAUGGUUUUUGUCAAGAAGAAUACGAAUAUUCUUGAAAUCAAAUUUAAUGCCUCAAUAGUUCACUAUGAAGUAUUGGACACACUGGAGUUCACUUCUGAUAGGAAAAGAAUGUCAGUUGUGGUAAAAGAUUUGCAGAAUGGGAGAAUCAUGCUUUUGUCAAAGGGUGCAGAUGAAGCUAUUCUUCCUUAUGCAUGUGGCGGACAACAAACAAGGACUUUUGCUGAAGCUGUAGAACAGUAUUCUCAAUUGGGACUGCGGACAUUAUGCUUGGCUUGGCGUGAGAUAGAGGAAGAUGAAUAUCAAGAAUGGUCUCUGAUGUUCAAAGAGGCUAAUAGCACAUUGGUUGAUAGGGAGUGGAAGGUAGCUGAGGUCUGCCAAAAAUUGGAGCAUGACUUUAAAAUCCUCGGAGUUGCUGCCAUAGAGGAUCGUCUGCAGGAUGGUGUACCAGAAACAAUUGAGACACUUAGAAAAGCAGGAAUAAACUUUUGGAUGUUAACUGGAGACAAACAAAAUACGGCCAUACAGAUCGCUCUUUCAUGCAAUUUUGUUUCUCCAGAACCUAAAGGCCAGCUUCUUUUAAUUAAUGGUAAAACUGAAGAUGAAGUCUGUAGAAGCUUAGAGAGAGUUCUACGUACAAUGAGAAUCACGAAUUCAGAACCAAAGGAUGUGGCUUUUGUUGUUGAUGGCUGGGCUCUUGAAAUUGCACUUAAGCAUUACAGGAAAGCAUUCACAGAAUUGGCUAUACUGUCUAGAACUGCUAUAUGUUGUCGUGUGACACCAUCACAAAAGGCACAGCUUGUGGAGCUCUUAAAAUCUUGUGACUAUAGAACAUUGGCCAUUGGGGAUGGUGGGAAUGAUGUGAGGAUGAUACAACAAGCUGACAUUGGGGUCGGCAUUAGUGGCAGAGAAGGAUUGCAGGCAGCAAGGGCAGCUGAUUAUAGCAUUGGCAAGUUCAAGUUUUUGAAAAGAUUGAUACUUGUCCAUGGGCGGUAUUCAUAUAAUCGUACAGCAUUCCUAUCCCAGUAUUCCUUUUAUAAAUCCCUGUUGAUAUGUUUCAUCCAGAUCUUUUUCUCUUUUAUUUCAGGCGUCUCCGGAACCAGCCUUUUCAAUUCUGUCAGCCUGAUGGCAUAUAAUGUUUUCUACACAAGUAUUCCUGUCUUAGUUAGUGUGCUUGACAAAGAUCUUAGUGAAAGAACUGUGAUGCAGCACCCACAAAUUUUAUUUUACUGCCAAGCAGGGAGGCUUCUUAAUCCUAGCACAUUUGCUGGAUGGUUUGGGCGGUCUCUAUUCCAUGCAAUUGUUGUAUUCAUAAUUACUGUACAUGCAUUUGCAUAUGAAAAAGGUGAAAUGGAAGAGCUAUCAAUGGUGGCACUCUCUGGAUGUAUUUGGUUGCAGGCUUUCGUUGUAGCAUUAGAAACCAAUUCCUUCACAAUAUUUCAACAUCUUGCCAUAUGGGGUAACCUGGCUGCCUUCUAUAUCAUCAACUGGAUUGUCAGUGCCUUACCAUUCACAGGGAUGUACACAAUCAUGUUCCGCCUGUGUAGACAGCCAUCUUAUUGGCUAACUAUUUUGCUCAUCGUAGCAGCAGGGAUGGGUCCAGUGCUAGCUCUAAAGUACUUCAGAUUUACAUAUAGAUCAAGUAAAAUUAACAUACUUCAGCAGGCUGAACGUUUGGGAGGGCCCAUCUUAUCCUUGGGAAAUAUAGAGCCACAAGCACGAUACAUGGAUAAAGAUAUGGCUCCAUUAUCUAUUACUCAACCCAAGAACAGGAAUCCAGUGUACGAACCUCUUUUAUCCGAUUCUCCAAAUUCUACAAGGAGGUCAUUUGGAGGAGCGGCACCAUUUGAUUUCUUUCAGUCCCAGUCCAGAUUGUCAGCAAGCUAUUCCAGAAAUUGCAAGGACAACUGAGUUCAUACAAGGUAUUUAACUAACAUAAACGUAGAAGAGGCAUAGAAUCAGAGUAGGAACGACGGUUGGAGUUGUGAUAAUCUAUCAUUGGGUCGACCAACAUUGUAUGUAGUACAUUCUUGGAUUGCAACAGCUGCUUACUUGCACCGAAUGAAUACAUGAUGCACUGUAUGUAAUUUUUCUGUCCGAUUUUUACUCUCUGUACCUCCAUGACAACUGUUGAGAGGCCUGUAUAUUUUUCAUAAUAAGGUUCAGAUAUUGUACAAUGCACACAAACAAAUUGUUACCGACUCGGUUCAUACAAUGGGAGUGUGAAGAGGGUAUACUGUUAAUAAACCUCAAAUGGAAAUGACUCGGGUGCUGAUAUUUUAUGAGAUUGAUGUAUGUAAGCCAAACCUGUAAAGAACAUGUUAAUAUUAAGACCAGAUAUGGCUAGAAGUUUGUCCCAAUUCUUUUGGGACAAUGGCAAGGAUUAUAUAAUGACCAUGUCUUUGGAAGUUUAUGUAGGAGGCGCCCUCCACUGUGGAGUUGAAUCUCAUUUGAAUUCUUUUCGUACGUGUGAUGGUGGAGUAAUCUUACCAUUGUGUUGAAGUCCAUGUGGUGAUUAAUGGCAGUGCUUGUAAUACUAAUUCCAUCUGUAUAUGGUGAUACAUUAUAUAA